AAUAUAGAUCACCGUCGAUGCACUGUACUGUGAAUAACACCAUAAAUGCUGCGUAAAUGGAACACCAAUAUAAGCCGUGCUCUACAUAAUACGCUGAUAAUGUACAGGGCGUGUACGUGAUGCAGCCUUCCAAUGUUUCAGGUAGGUGUUCGACUAUUACGGAUUCAAAGGGUACUUGUAAGUCUAUUUUAUACAGCUUCCCUGUACACUUCUUCUACUAUUUGAGAGAGUUCAAUGGCUGCUAUUCAGUGACAAAGCAGGACUAGUGAUUUACAGGCAUGACGAACCAAUUACACUGUAUAUAGUAAACGGUCGACGACAAGGGUCGUGACUGUAUGUCCACGUGACGCAUCGUAUGAUAUAUUAAGCCCCCUUUAUCCUGGACGGCGUCCUUUGUGCCUCCUUUCUCAGACCCCUGUGAUGUCAGUUUUCACGGUCGCACAAAGGACGCAGAGAGGACGCCGUCUAGUGUAAAGGGGGUUUAGUAUUAGAAGUCUUUAGCAACCUUGUAUAGACAGAUCAAGCGUUCAAGGAAAGAGAGGGUUGAGAGUUAACGUGAUUCGAAUUAGAAGUGAUAUAUAAUGUCAGCACAGGCAAACCUUUUGCCUUCUACCAAGAGGAUCCUUCGCCCUCUUGGACACUUCGAGAAUGUGCUGGCCGCAAUGCAUGAGUGCAAGAACACAACAGUUGCCUUCACCUCGUGGAUAAACUCAAAACUCUUCCUCUCUGACGAUGUUUGGAAAACCUCACUUCAGCUGCUCCAGAAAAACAUCCCGCAUCUUCGUCUUAACAUAGAAUGGCAAGACGGCAAGAGGUAUUUCAAGUAUAUGGAAGACCCCUAUGUGGAUAUUGAGAUCUUGGAUGUGACGUCAGACAACGACUGGAAGACGGUGCACGAGGAUAUGAUGCGAGUGCAAUUUCUAAGAGAAGAUUCCCCUCUUUGGAGGGUAAAUAUUUUGCGCAUGUCCAAAUCAAGAGACGUCACCUACAAAGUGGACUCUAGCUCGUAUGCAUCUAAUGGGUAUCCAACAGUUGUAGUGUUUGCCAUCCAUCACUCUAUUUUGGAUGGAACAUCUUAUAUACUGAUGUUAAAGCAACUAAUUCGAUAUCUCAACGCAGUUUCGAAAAACGACCCCAUUGAGAAUGACGAAGUCGUCACAUUCCAUCCAAACACGGAGUCUCUCUUGCCCCAAGACAAGAUGGCAUUCAGGUGGACAGACUAUUACCAAGUGAUAAAAGAAAGAAUACGAAGUUUAUUUCCGUACCACAGCCCGUACUUGCAGCGUUUUCCGCCACCACCAAAUUCAGGCAAAGGAUAUACGAAGACAGUAGCUUUAGUGUUCACAAUUUCAGAGACAGAAAGGAUUAUUGCAAAGUGCAAAGAACACCAGACAACUGUUCAUGGUGCCUUGGUGGCUGCUGCUUCGAUUGCCCUUGUAAAUGCCAUUAAUGAAGGAGCUACGCCACGACCAGUAGAUGUCCCUACCUCCCACGCGGUUAAUAUGCGACGAUUCCUGCCACCCGAGUUUCAAAAUGCGUUCGGUCUUUUCAUUGGCUUAACGUACAUAACAGUGAGUGUUCCUGCAGUUGCCACUUACCAAUCAUUUUGGGGAUUGGCCAAACGCUCAAAACAGACACUCCACGCGAGUUUUCACAACGGAGAUAUGAUUCAGGGUUGUAAAAUCCGCGGCCAUCUUUUACCAGACGAUAACAGUGUGAAAGGAUUGUUAGCAUCUGAUAAGUGUAAAUAUGAUAUGGCUACAUCCAACAUAGGAGACUGUGACAAGCAUUGUCCUCCUGGUGAAGCAGACGAUAAUGUUCACGCCACGAGAAUUGUCACCUCCACCGCGAUGCAGAAUGUGCCCAAACUGUUUUAUCAUUACCUGCAUAAAUUUCGUGGUCGCUUCUGUUACAACCUUGACUAUGGGACCAACUGGGUUUGCGAAGUGAACGCCAUUAAGCACGCCGAAAUGACAGUCAAGCUGAUGAAAAUGGCAGCAGGGGAGGAGAAAUAUUGGAAAUGAUUCAGCAAUAAACUUGUACAGUGUUUCUUUUGCGCAAUAUAAGUUACACAAAUAGAUUGUAAAGAUUGAUGCCGCAGAGAGACGGAGGCUGAAGAAAAUAGGAAAAACAUUGGCUCAAAAUGGACUUCACCAUCCAAUGGGACCCCAUCAACAGCAAAAAGAAAGACUUGAACUGUAACUUUGAGAUUACUUUGAGUAUUAUUCGCAAUUGUACAUAGCUUUGCACACAAUGUACUGGUACAUAAAUUAAACUGUAUAUAUUCAGAUGCACCAACAACUACGACUCGGAGUUAUUGCAUAACACUUGAUAUAAUGUGAUCACGUUUAACUCGGCAACUGCCGUAAAAAACGCUGGGCGUUAUCAUUGGAAGAAGCAUCUGCAUUGCAUCAGCACCAAGUUUUGGUUGAAAAUACAAUAUCAAUCACUGACCACAAUUUUGACAUUUUACAUAGAUGUAUAUUGAAUAAGCCCUGGUAUAAAGCUGGUAAAACUUUGGGAUUGACUUAAUUUAAACAAACAAUUAUUUGUGUUUACUGUUAAUUUUGGGAAAACUGCAUUAAGCGAAGUGUUUGAACUAUGUUAAUGUUGUAACAGUUGUAUUCAUUAUAAUUUAACUUUUCGUGAAUAAAAUCAUUUAGCACAAUUCAGAAAUGAGAAGAUAAUGCAAAAUACGAGAAUAAAAAACUGUUUAUUUGAUUCUAUAAUAUAAUAUAAAUCUCUCCUUCCAAUACAUCACAUCAGAAACCAAAUGAAACCGCUACAUUCAAUGGUAAUACCCUCUUUUUCAUUACAUUCAGGUAACGCAUAGAUAUACAAGUACUUGAAUGGCACACAAACACAGUUGUUAAACUUUGUUUACAAUGAAAGUAAGUUGUCCCACUGCUUUCCAAAAGCUGAAUAUAUCAGAUAACAAAAAAAUAAUAAAAAUAAAUAAAUAAUAUCAUCUUGUAACAAACUUUUAAUCUGAAAUCAAACCCUCAACGAGGGUUGAGUCUUAGUAGUCAUAAAAAAGGUAAAAUUAUGAGUUUCUGCUAAAAUGGUAAAAGCAGUAAGAAUCAUCUGGAAAAACUGAAAUGAAAAUUGGAAUUAAUGUAUUGCGUAUGGUUUAAUGUCUUCAAUAAAUUGUUCUUCAACCCUGCAUGUAAACAUGAAAGGUUAUAGAAUCAAACCAAUUAAAUAAGGCUGUGUAUAUACAUAUCCAGGUAACUUUCUGGAUUUCAGCAUUCAAUUCAACAAGAAAUGUUCCCUUUCAUUUGCUAAAAAAGAACAUAUCAAAUAUGCAUCAAUAUACCAUUGUAUCAAAAAUAGUAUAAAUGUAUACAUAAUUAUAUAUACGUUUGUAAAUAUUAGGUAUCAAAAUGUACAUAAGUUUAAGAUCAUAUAAAAAUACACAGUCACAAAUUGUAAAAUCUUCACUAAAACUAAAAUUUUUUUCAUUUGGCAAAUCAUUGUACAAUGCACAUGUUCAACAGUGAAGACCCUUUGGUAAUCUAUGGACUAGUCUGCCAAGAACAGUUGUAGCGCUAUAUAUGAAAAACAUAUAAAUAUUAUAUUUAUAAUAAAAAUUGGGCUGUUUAUCUAAACACAUCAAGUUUCAUGUGAAAGUCUUUGAAGCAAAAUGAAUAAUGAAUCCAGGGACUGCUUCAUAAAGGAACUUAGGUCCAAACCUUUGUCUAAGCUUUGAGACAAAGGCCCCGUUCACAUGACAAGUCUAUUUUCUAAAAAUCUAUUUUCUAUUCGCGGUAUCUUGUGAUCACGGUCUGUGCCCUGAA